UGGUCAAUGGCAAACCUGUUGGGCGUGGACAUACAGGCCGAGGGUCUUUUUUGUCCUAUAAAUACUGUGAGGUAGACCAUCAUCAAACAGGUUCAGUCAGCAGUCAGCAGUCAUGAGGUGUUUGGUUUUCCUUGUGCUCCUUGGAGCAGCUUUUGCUCUGGAUGAUGACAAGAUCGUUGGUGGAUAUGAGUGUCAGGCCCAUUCCCAGCCCUGGCAGGUGUCUCUGAACGCUGGCUACCACUUCUGCGGUGGCUCUCUGGUCAAUAAGGAUUGGGUUGUGUCUGCUGCUCACUGCUACAAGUCACGCAUCGAGGUCCGUCUUGGUGAGCACCACAUUGGCAAAAACGAGAAUACUGAGCAGUUCAUCUACUCCGAACGUGUCAUCCGCCAUCCCCAGUAUAACUCAUGGAACAUUGAUAAUGACAUCAUGUUGAUCAAGCUUAGCUCGUCAGCUGCCCUCAAUGCUUACGUGCAGCCUGUGGCUCUGCCCUCAGCCUGCGCCGCCGCUGGCACCAAGUGCUUAGUCUCCGGCUGGGGAAACACCAUGAGCUCUACUGCUGAUUCCAACAAGCUUCAGUGUGUGGAAGUCCCAGUCUUGUCUGAAAGUGACUGUAACAACUCCUACCCCGGCAUGAUCACAAAAUCCAUGUUCUGUGCUGGAUACCUGGAGGGAGGAAAGGACUCUUGCCAGGGUGACUCUGGUGGCCCCGUGGUGUGCAAUGGCCAGCUUCAUGGUGUUGUGUCCUGGGGUUAUGGAUGUGCUGAGAAGAAUCAUCCUGGUGUCUACACCAAGGUUUGCAUUUUCAAUGAUUGGCUUGCAGACACCAUGAACUCAUACGUUGAGGAGAAGGAGGAGGAAGAGGAGGAGAGAGAGGAUGAGGCAGAGGAGGAGGCAGAAGAGGAGGGAAAGGAGGAGGACAUGGUGAAGGAGGAGACAAUUAUCGAACAGGAUCAGUCAGCAAUCAUGAGGUCUUUGGUUUUCCUUGUGCUCCUUGGAGCAGCUUUUGCUCUGGACGAUGACAAGAUCGUCGGUGGAUAUGAGUGCCAGCCCCAUUCCCAGCCCUGGCAGGUGUCUCUGAACGUUGGCUACCACUUCUGCGGUGGCUCUCUGGUCACUGAAAAUUGGGUUGUGUCUGCUGCUCACUGCUACCAGUCACGUAUUCAGGUCCGUCUUGGCGAGCACCACAUUGGCAUCAACGAGAAUACUGAGCAGUUCAUCUACUCUGAACGUGUCAUCCGCCAUCCCCAGUAUGACUCCUGGAUGCUUGAUAGUGACAUUAUGCUGAUCAAGCUUAGCUCGCCUGCUAGCCUCAACUCAAAUGUGCAGCCUGUGGGCCUGCCCUCUUCCUGCGCCCCUGCUGGCACCAAGUGCAUAGUAUCCGGCUGGGGAAACACCAUGAGCUCUACUGCUGAUAAAAACAAGCUCCAGUGUCUGGAAAUCCCAAUCUUGUCUGACAGCGACUGUAACAACUCCUACCCCGGCAUGAUCACAAGCACCAUGUUCUGUGCUGGAUACCUGGAGGGAGGAAAGGACUCUUGCCAGGGUGACUCUGGUGGCCCUGUGGUGUGCAAUGGCCAGCUUCAUGGUGUUGUGUCCUGGGGUUAUGGAUGUGCUGAGAAGAAUCAUCCUGGUGUCUACAGCAAGGUCUGCGUUUUCAGCCAGUGGCUUCAAAACACCAUGAGCGCAUACUAAAGUGGAUCCAAAAACACACCUUCAAAGUCACAUGUUACCUCCAAUUCUGCAAUCCA